GUAGCUUUACUAGCCAGCAUACUCUGUUGUUGUUGUUGUUGCUUCAGAAUGCGUUACUCCUUCACACUCGCUUCUUUGGGCCUGAUCUCCUCGGCUCUGGCCAUCACUAUCACUACUCCUUCAUCAGACACGGAAUGGGACUUUUCCACCCCGAAAACCAUUAAGUUCACCAGCGACUCCAGUGAUCCUGAGUAUAUCAGUAUCAUCCUGCGAAAUGAGGAUGGCUCCUUCCAGACCAAGUUGGCAGAUAACGUGAAGACCUCCGAGGGGGAAUACACGACUCAACCCAACCCUAGCAUUUCCAACGGAGAUGACUACGAGAUUCAGAUUAUUGAUUCAUCAGGCCAGCUCGCCGUGAGCCCGGUGUUCACAGUCGAGAAGGGUGCUUCGAACGAUGGUACGAGUACCGCGGCUUCGUCGAAGGCUACGAUCACCACCGCAUCCUUGGCAUCCAGCUCCAACUCGACCACGACCAGCACUACCGCGACUGCCGCCGCGCAGCAGUCGGUCGGUGCCGCGGCGUCUACCUCCGGUACUACCAAGGGGGCACUGGCUCUGUUUGGUGCGGUGGUCGCGCUCUUCUACGCCUGAUCUUGACGAGAUGCAAGAUUAACGAAGCGUGCAUGCAUGCUCUCAUCUCUAUGCUACGAGCGAGGGGGUUGAAGGAUUAGGCUAUCGCGAUCCCGGAUUCUGUUUAUGCUUCACACGGUAGUCUCGAUAGAGAGUUAGCAAAUUGAACAUGUU